CGAGAUGAUAUUAUUGGUAAUCGGCGAGGUGUUCCGAAUGGUCUAAUGAUUAUGGGAAAUCAGCGAGGUGUUCCGAAUGAUCUACACACUAAUCUACCAUUUUGGAAAUAAAAUGUUUUUUAAGUAGGCCUACAUUCUUUUCCAAGGCAUAUUUUAUGAUGAUAUUCAUAAAAUCCAAUCAUCUGUUUCCUGGAAUAAUAAUUCAAGUUAAAACCAAUCAAUAAUUGUUAGUACUACUUUGAAGUGGGCGGUCACAAUCCACUCAAAAUACAUGUGUGUUCCAAAACGGCAUGAUCACUGAUAAUGGCAGGAAGUGGUGAGCCUCCUUUGAAAAAAUACAAAACUUCAAAAGAGUCAAUUUUUGAAAGGUAUUGGGAUAAAACUGAUGCUGUGGAGGCAUUGAAAGAAUUACUUAAAAGUCUUAAAACACCUUCUGCAUAUUGUUUUGGUUUACUAAAAAUCUUGACGUGCAAUGCACACAAUGGGUUUCCGUUUUCACAAGCUUAUUGCGAAACUAAAACAAAUGCAAAAGAAAUCAGUGCUGGAGUGUCAUCUAUUGACGUGUAUCUUUUUUCAACUGUUUUUAAACGUGGGUAUGAAAUGGUCCUGAACUACACCAUAGACAAAAAUAAUGUUCCUUCAACCCGCGGAGAACGAGUUGCAUUGGAAAGGCUAUUGAGGGUGUUGGAUAAUGUUACAGAUAUUGAGGAAGCAUUGAAAAAUGCAAAAUCACAGAAAGAGGUUGAUUGGACAAUUACAUUGGCUCAUCAUCUCUUGCGACAAUUGGCAGUUAAUCAGACAUAUAUUGUUGACAAACAGUACCAUGGGAGAAUAAAAUGGCAGCGAUGUCCUUGCUGUGAACAACCUAUCACAGGACGUUAUGCAGACACAAGUAUUGGGUAUCCUUCUGUGUGGCAUGGUGACCUAGACCUGAUCUUGGGCUCUGAAGUACCUAUCACUGUUGCAGAAGAAGAGGAUGAAGAGAUUUGUGAAGGAAAUAAGUCAUCAUUUGAAGUUAAGCUGUCUCAUGAAUUUCCAGCUAAAUACAGGGAUCAGCUGAUUGCACAGACAAUUGUGUUUUCAUUCCUGGAGAAAAAAGAGAAAACAACUUAUGAAAACUACCUUAUUCCAAGUAUUGGUAUUGCUAAAGAUCAGUUUGUGAUCUUUUUAUAUGACAGUGAACAUGAUAUAUUGCUUGAAAGUAAAGUAAUAAAGCUGUGGGCUCCAACAGGCAGACUCUAUCAGUCUGCAUUGUUAGCUCUUUGGCUAGGUAUUAAUUAUAGUUUAACGUGCUCUGGAGUAACAGAACACAUGAAGAGUUGUGGUUUUACUUCAGACUUUCCCAAACAUGUAAGUAAACAACUGAGUACAUAUCAGAAAUGUUUAACUUUUGAAUGUGGUCAUGGAAGUGAAGUUAGGGAGAUGUUUGAGCCAGAACUUCAUCCCAUUAUCAAUGCUCAUUAGAUUAGGUUAUUUCAGUCUUUUCUCACAAUAAGUGAGAAAGUUUAAAUUUGCAGCCUGCUCAGCAAAUGUCAAGGGGACCCUUGGAUGAAAUAAUAUAUUUCGUGACUAAGGGAACAUGCAUUUUUGAUCUCAGCACUUUGCUGUCAGAGGUUAUCUGAAAAGGAUAUUUUAUUGUAUAAUACCAGUAAUAGUGCAUAACCAACAAAAUUAGCUUAUUGUCCCCUGCCUUUUCGAAGAAAAAAGGGGGAUAUAGUAAAAGGCUCUGUCCGUCUGUCCGUACAAACACAGAGAUACUUGUGUGACUAGAAGAACAAUAAGUAACGGUAUAUUUUCUUUGAUCCUAUUCAUUCAGUUUUUACUUGUGUGUCUUUUUUAGGGCUUGUGACUAAAAAGAUCAAAAGGAAAGUCACAUAAGUACCAUUUUGUAAGUAUGUACAUCUGUCAGUCCGUCCAUCCAUCACACUUUUGUGUCAGGUCCAUAACUUUGUCAUUUAUCAAAGGCAUUUGAAAUAACUUGGCACAAAUGUUUGUUACAAUAAGACGAUGUGUCAUGUUGAUAAACCAGACCCAUUCCUCCAAGGUCAAGGUCCCACUUACUCAUUCAAGAUCAACAUUGUCUAUUUGAGGGUAUUUGCCAUGUCCGUUCCAUAACUUUUUUCAUUAAUCAAAGGAUUUUCAUAUACUUGACACAAAUAGUCACAAUAAUAAGACGAUAUGUCAUGCGCAACUCCUGCAUCCCUACUCCAAGGUCAAGGUCACAUGUAGAGGUCAAAGAUUAAAAUAGUCUGUUAUAGGGUUUAUUUUAUGUUCGGUCUAUUAUACUUCUCCAUGGAUCAAAGGACUUUGUAAAUAUUUUUGGAAGAAAAAAGGGUGAUGAAGAAAUGGACUCCAUCUGUUUUACCCAUCAAAGAAUUUUGAAAUAACUUAGGUAAAAUGUUCUGUUUAGGCAUAGUAGGACAAAUAUGUAGAAAAGCCAGCUCAUCAGCUGGGAAGAAAAUUGGACCUGAUUUUCACAUCUGAUAACAUACAGUGCACUAGUACAGUAAUUCCAAUUUCUUACACUGACCAUUUCCUCACUAUUUCAUCUGUUUCCUAAAUGAUUUGUUUUUAUUUUGUAUCUGUCACAUUUUGUUGUUUUGAAAUAUUGAUAACAACCACAUAAAUGUAUUUCUAUUGACACAUACAUAGGAGUUUUCAUUUUAUUUCAUUAUUAAGUAAUUUAUUUUUGCUUUAGCAGAUCUAGCUUUGAUCAAAAUUUUGGACUUAAACUCUGUUUUUAAAUUCUUUUAUCAUUUUGUUGAAAUACUGUUGUUACAAUAUUUACAUAUGAUACAAAUUAAAAAUGUGCUCAUAAGAUUAUUUUAUUGUGUAAAGUAAAUGUAAAAUGUAGUUUUUUUCAAAGGGUUGCUUUCAGAUUAUAUGAAGUUGUAGGAGAUAAUAAAAUAUAAAUAAUAAAAACAACAUGAUAGAAUAUAUUUAAACUUUGCAUGAUCAUUGAAAAUGAUUACAAAAACAUUCUGAAUAAAAUAAGAAUUAGGGGUCAGCCUUUUUUGGCUCACCAGAGCCGAAGGCUCAGGGUGAGCUAUUAGUAUCAAAGGGGGAUGCUCCAUUGUCAUGCGUCAACAAUCGUCUUCUUCUCUGAAACUACCUAGCAGAUUUACUUCAAAUUUGGUCUGUAGCAUCCUUGUGACAGUCACACUUGAAUUUGCACAUGUCAUUCCGAUUGGCCCCUUUUAGGGGACAGCAGAGCUAAAAAUAGAAAAAAUCUUUAGAUAUCUUCUUCUACAGAAGUAAUUGAUGGAUGAUCACCAAACUUUGUCUGUAGCAUUCUUGGGUAGUCUUUUAUCAAGUUUGCUCAUAUGAAUUUGAUUGGCCCUUUUUAGGGGCCGCUCAAGCUAAAAAUAGAAAUACCUUUAAAUGUCUUUUUCUACAGAAUUAAUUGAUGGAUGAUCACCAAACUUUGUCUGUAGCAUUCUUGGGAAGUGUUUUAUCAAAUAUGCUCAUAUGAAUUUGAUUGGCCUCUUUAAGGGGCCGCAAAAGCUAAAAAUAGAAAAACCUUUAAACAUCUAUUUCUACUGAUCUAAUUGAUGGAUGAUCACCAAACUUUGUCUUUAGCGUUCUUAGGUAGUCUUUUAUCAAGUUUGCUAAUAUUUUUUUGAUUGGCCCCUUUUAGGGGUUCCUAGGGCUAAAAAUAGAAAAACCCCUAAACAUCUUCUCCUACAGAAUUAAUUGGUGGAUGAUCACCAAAUUUUGUUGGUAGCAUUCUCGGGUAGUGUUUUAUUCAGUUUGCUCAUGUUAAUUUGAUUGGCCCCUUUUAGGGGUCUCUAUAGCUAAAAAUAUAAAAACCUUUAGAUAUCUUCUUCUACAGAAGUAAUUGAUGGAUGAUCACCAAACUUUGUCUGUAGCAUUCUUGGGUAGUCUUUUAUCAAGUUUGCUCAUAUGAAUUUGAUUGGCCCUUGUAAGGGGCCGCUCAAGCUAAAAAUAGAAAUACCUUUAAAUGUCUUUUUCUACAGAAUUAAUUGAUGGAUGAUCACCAGACUUUGUCUGUAGCAUUCUUGGGUAGUCUUUUAUCAAGUUUGCUCAUGUUAAUUUGAUUAGCCCCUUUUAGGGGUCUCUAUAGCUAAAAAUAGAAAAACCUUUAGAUAUCUUCUUCUACAGAAGUAAUUGAUGGAUGAUCACCAAACUUUGUCUGUAGCAUUCUUGGGUAGUCUUUUAUCAAGUUUGCUCAUAUUAUUUUGAUUGGCCCCUUUUUGGGGUCUCUAGGGCUAAAAAUAGAAAAACCUUUAAACAUCUUCUGCUAAAGAACUAAUUGAUGGAUGAUCACCAAACUUUGUCUGUAGCAUUCUCUGGUAGUGUUUUAUCAAAUUUGCUCAUAUGAAUUUGAUUGGGUCCCUUUUAGGGGCCGCUAAAGCUAAAAAUAGAAAAACCUUUAAACGUCUAUUUCUACUGAACUAAUUGAUGGAUGACUACCAAACUUUGUCUUUAGCGUUCUUAGGUAGUCUUUUAUCAAGUUUGCUAAUAUUUUUUUGAUUGGCCCCUUUUAGGGGUUCCUAGGGCUAAAAAUAGAAAAACCUUUAAACAUCUUCUCCUACAGAAUUAAUUGGUGGAUGAUCACCAAAUUUUGUUGGUAGCAUUCUCGGGUAGUGUUUUAUUCAGUUUGCUCAUAUUAAUUUGAGGGGCCACUAAAGCUAAAAAUAGAAAUACCAUAAAAUGUCUAUUUCUAGAUAACUAAUUGAUGGAUGAUCACCAAACUUUGUCUGUAGCAUUCUUGGGUAGUCUUUUAUCAAAAUUGCUAAUAUUAUUUUGAUUGGCCCCUUUUAGGGGCCGCUUAAGCUAAAAAUAGAAAUACCUUUAAAUGUCUUUUUCUACAGAAUAAAGGAUGGAUGAUCACCAAACUUUGUCUGUAGCAUUCUUGGGUAAUCUUUUAUCAAGUUUGCUCAUGUUAAUUUGAUUGGCCCCUUUUAGGGGUCUCUAUAGCUAAAAAUAGAAAAACCUUUAGAUAUCUUCUUCUACAGAACUAAUUGAUGGAUGAUCACCAAACUUUGUCUGUAGCAUUCUUGGGUAGUCUUUUAUCAAGUUUGCUCAUAUGAAUUUGAUUGGCCCCUUUUAGGGGCCGCUUAAGCUAAAAAUAGAAAUACCUUUAAAUGUCUAUUUCUACAGAACUAAUAGAUGGAUGAUCACCAAACUGAGUCUGUUGCAUUGUUGGGUAGUCUUUUAUCAAGUUUGCUCAUAUUAUUUUGAUUGGCCCCUUUUAGGGGCCUCUAAAAUUAAAAAAAGAUAUAUGUUUAAACGUCUAUUAUGGGAAUUGUGCAUGACCCCUUAUGGUUUUGGAGUCACUAGGGCAAAGGUCAAGGUCAAAUUGACCUUGUAUGUCAAAACUGUUUCUGAUCAAUAACUUGACAGCCUAUGGGCCCAUGGCCUUCAGUAGAUGACAAUAUUGAUUUUAAGCAUAAGGGGUCAAAAGUCAAGAUCACAUUGACCUGGUAUGUAAAAGUUGUUUCCAACCAAUAACUCAACAACCGAUAGGCCUUGAGCCCUCAAACUUGACAGGUGUGUUGAUCUUGGCCAGUAGAUGACCCUAUUUAUUUUUGGGUCAAGAGGCCAAAGGUCACAGUCACUUUGACCUUAUAUAUCAAAACACUGUCCAAACAAUAACUCAACAACUCUUAGGCCAUCGGCCCUCAAACUUGAUAGGUGCGCUGAUUUUAGCCAGUAAAAGAUCCUGAUAAAUUUUGGGGUCACAGGGUCAAAGGUCAAACUCCCAUUGACCUUCUAUGUCAGACAGUUUCUGACUAAUAAAUCAACAAUUCAUUGGUCCUUUGGCUCUCAAACUUUAACUGUGCAUUUACCUUGGCCAGUAAAUUGCCCUUAUAGAUUUUGGGGUCAAAGAUCAAGGAUUACAUUGACCAUGUAUGCCAAAAUGAUUCAGACCAAUAGCUUGACAACCCAGUGGCCCAAGCUCUGAAACUGCAUAUUGACAGUUUAUUAAAGCAUGUAUAACAUUACUGAUAUCAUCAAAGUUUUCCACAGCCUUUGCCAUUUAAGUCCAAAAAACUCCUAUUUUCUCACCAAAAAGUACACUGGAGCUCACAUAUAAUGAACAUGCUUAUAAUGAAAAAAGGUAAUAAUGAAGGGAAAAAUAUUCCCCAACUUUCACUCUUCUUUAUUUAUAUCUUUUGUCACAUGCUUAAAGGGAAUUUGGAUACAACGAAAAAUGGUUAUAGCAAAGAAAUUUAAAAACUAAUGAUGCAUAUUUUAACAUAAAUCAGUUUUAAUUUUGCGAUUUUAUUUUUCACAUUUUUAUCAAACAGGCAUCAGAUAAUUGAUGUUGGCGGUUAAUUACUGUUACCAGUUAUACAUGAAAAUAAUUGCAUGAUUUGUUAUUACAUAUUUACCUGUAAAAAGUUCUAUAAUGUGCAAAAAAAUGUUGAAACUAUUAGUUUGUGAAGAAUAAGAACAGUCCCAUAAAAAUUGAUACUGAUUUCCAUGUUUUGUGUAUUUUUUAUGAUAUAAAUGCUGGUAUUGAUGCUUUCAAAGUAUCAUAAUACUUCCUGCAUAAUUAAAAACUGAUAAUGAUGAAAAAACUACUGAAAAAUAGGGUAGUAUUCAUGGUAAAGAUACCGUUAAAUAUUACCAAUGAAAAAUAUAAAUAAAAAUAAACACCCCUUGUAUUAACAAUGCACUGGUCCAGAUGAGUAUUCUAAACAAAGGUCAAACAAUGUGAUAGUUUGGCAUCAUCUAUAUAGUCUUUUUUGAUGAUAUUUAGUGAUAUUGUUCAAAAAAUGGAUAGAGCAAUGACACUUAAAGCUAUCACCAAGACAGAAAAUUUAAAAUUCUUUAUCAAGUCUUGAAAGGUUUGAAUAUAUUUCUUGAAUAGCUUGACAAAAUGUUUAUGAAAUUAAAUAAUGAUCAUGUUUUUAUCAUUGUGUAUGUUGAUAACAAUAUUGUAAAUAUUGACUAAACAUAGCAACAUGUACUUUGUGUUUUUUUUUCAAUGUAAAUGAUCCAAAUGUUUUAACAUGACAUACAGUUGAAUCAGUUGUAUAAAUGACCAUUACAAAAUAUGUAAUAUCCACACACUAACCAAAAUUUUAUCGUAUGGAUAUAAAAGAAAUUUCGGAUAUGACAAAGAAAUUUUCUAUGUCCUUUGAAAGUUGUAAAAGCAUGUUUCACUGUAAUCAUAUUUCUCUUUUUUGCAUAUGUAACAUUGAAUGCAACUUUUGACAUGCUGAUGAAGGGGGCAUACAUGUUUUACAAACAUUUCUUGCUUCUUUUCAUAAGUAUGUUUUUGCAGGAAAUCAUUGAGGUUAUUAAGGACAAUCUAGUUUUAUUUUAUCAUGUUAAUUAUGUAUGACAAAGCUCUUCCUGAAGAUGUAAUUCCAGAGCAAAGUAAUAGACAUAAUUUUAAUGAGUAAUUUUUACAAGCAUUUAACAAACAUGUGGUGAAGAAUAUCAGUCUAUUAUUUUUUCUGAGGCCUGUGUUUUAUUUACAACAUUGAUGCCAUACCUCCAUCAUAGAAUGUGAAAGGGGUGAUACUGGACUCACUUUUUUGUCUGCCUUGUGAUCAUAAUCUGAUUUAGUAGAAUUUAUUACUUUGCUAAAUAGAUGUGUUUAAUAUUGGACCUUUGAUAUUUGUUUGUCAUAAUUGUCAAAGAAAGUUGGCUAGCACUUUAUUUUCAAUAACUAUAAUUUUGUAAGGAUUUAUUUUAUUACGGUUGUAUCAAGAGUUGUUAUUCUAACAAGAUUUUACCCCAAGUUUUGUCUUUGAUGCGAUUGAUCAAAUUGCUGUCUUUAUGUUGGAUUUUACAUUUGUAAAGGCAGUCUAAAACUCAUUGUAACAGUUAAACUGAAGUCAGACUAUAGUCAGCACAAAUAUCAUUAUAAAAUGAAUAGUGCAUGUGCAAAAAAAUUUUAAAUUCAAAAAAGAAAGUGUCUUGUUUUGAAAAUGAUAGGCCCUUUAACUGAAUGUUAAGUUUUUGUUAAAAAUAUGUACACAUGUUUUUACUUUGAAAUGUUUUUAAAGUUAUUGUUUCUAGACAUUAUUUGUCAAAUAUUGUUAAAUCUGUGACAUUUUUUAUUUGUUAUGCGACCAAAAGGUAGGUGGCAUAUAGUGAUUCACCUGUGUAUGUGUGUGUAUAUUAUAUAAAUUAUUAAGUGAACUUAAAAAAAUACCCUGGUGUCAAAAGUUGCUACGCCCAUGGGGGUCAUGUGUUUUCCUUAAAUGUAAAUAGUAAAAGGGGCCUACAUGGCAGAGUGGUUAAGGUCAUUGACUUCAAAUCACUUGCCUCUCACCAUUGUUGGUUCGAGCCGCGUCAGCAACACCAGAUUUUUCAAGUGAGAAAGCUAUCCAGCUAGCUUACGGAAUGUUAGUGGUUCUACUUAAGUGCCAGUUUGUACCUGAAAUAAUGUACAAAGGGGCACCUAAGGUCUUCCUCCACCAUUAUAUUUAUAAAGUAAAAAUUAUAAAAAGAAGAACCAGAAGGCCUAGUAUAAAGAUAAUAAGGCAUUGUCCUAUGGACCUCUACAAAGAUUGUUCAAAUUAAAGUCCUGGGGUUAAAAUUGGUCCAGCCUUGAGGGGUCAUAUGUUUUCCUUAUAUAAUAAUAUAUAUAGUAAAAAAAAAUUGUCUGCUUGAAAAUAUCAAGGGGUAGAACUAGGAUAUUUCUCAUGAAACAUCGUCAUGUAGACCUAUGCCAAGAUUGUUCACAUUAUGGCAGUGGGGUCAAAAUUGGCCUAGCUCCUGGGGGUAAAAGGUUUUCAGGAUUUACAUAUGGUAACAAUUUAAACCCUCCCAGGGUAAAUUAUUUUCCUGAUAUGUAUAUAAAAACUUGUUCAUUAUUUGAUAUAUAAAGCGGAUAUAGAAUUGAUGUCUUACACCAUUUGACUUACAUUUUGACCUAGUGACCUCAUUUUUUUUAAAUUUAAAUACAGCUAUGACAUCUGGACAUCUGACUCUUCAUUGUGAUUGUGGUACUACAUAGUGCAUGAUAUUUGUGACAAUUGAUUUUAAUUAAUAAUGCAGUGGCAUAGCAUUUUUGUAAUAAUGCAAUCUUGUUUGAACUUUUUUUACACCAAAUGAAUUUUGCCUUUUAGCUCACCUUAGCACUGUGUGCUGAGAAGUGAGUUUGUGUGAUAGAAUGAUGCCUGUUGUCUUUUCUUUAUCCACGCCUCCUUAUUUUCUUUAUAAUACAUGGGGCUUCACUUUACCAACUUUAUCCCAAAAAAUGAUCGUUAGGUUACCUUCUUCAACAGUUUGUAUGGUUCCAGCCUGAUGCAGAGAGUAUAUUACAGUAACUGAAAGUUAAAUUGAUUUUUCUUAAAAUGAUCCAAGAAUCUACAGUGCAAAUCUCUUAUAAUACUCUACAGCAUAUAAAUGAAUCAUGCUAUAAAGGUCAAAACAGGCCUCUGUGAAAGUCAAUAAUUUCACAAAGAAAUGCACAUGUAUUUAAUUUUUCUUGAGUAAUUACAUGAUCCACUACAUACAAGUUCUGUAAGUCAUGCUCCUGGGAAUAAAAAUUUACAAGGCCCAAACAUGACGAAAUUUUUUUUCUCCAUUAAAGAAUUAUGAACUUUCCGAACUAAAGAUCUCAGGUAAGCGUUCUAUAGCCAUCAUAGCCUUCUGAUUACUUUAUGAUAUUUAUAUUGAAAGACACACAGGUUUGUGCUUAUUAUCUCCAUUUUUUUGGAGCUUAUUGGUUUGUUAUCUCUUUCUGGUAUACUCUUUAUGUCAGUGUUUAUACAUGUAUUUAAAAAUGUAUUUUUCAUACUUUUUAGGUCAUUUUUGAAAAGGAGAUUCAAGGUUUCUAUUAUUCUAGACAUGUGUUGUACCAAGGUUUCUAUUGUUCUAGACAUGUGUUGUACUUAAAGAUAUACUAGGCUCAUAUUUGAUAUUUGAAAUUAGUGAUAAUUGCUACACAGUCUCUUUGUAAAUGUAAAAUAAACAUGUUUUGAGUACACACAGACUACAUAUGUUAUAUUUUGACCUCUACACGCUGUAGGUAAAUACAGAAUGAAUACACAGUGUGGUUAAAAAGACUGGCAGUUUUUUUAAUAAAUGAUAAACUUUACUUGACCCGUUAUACGGAAUGCAGGUUUCAGUACACUUUUUGUGUGUUCUUUUAUUCAAAUUAGACAUUCAGUAUGAAUACCAUAGAUUUCAAUAAAUUUCUGCAACAAAAAUAUUUCACUCAAAGAUGAGCCUUGUACAUCUUUAAAUUAUUCUGUAAGUUUUCAUGUAUAUAGUAAUCCAUAUGUAAAGUUAUCUUGUAGCUAUGGGUUUCCCCCAUUUCAAAUCCUAUGUCAUUUUAAUCAUAGAUUGCUUUUGAAUAUAAAUGAUAUAAAAGUAA